CUUUAUCAGUAUUUGUGUGUUAGUUACAUGUACCAUCUGAUAAAACUAGUCAUGUUCGACUAAACAUCGACCAAGGUACUGCAGUCUGCAGUCAAGUAUUUUGUAAUACAUAAAUUUGUUGAUACCUCUACGUCGUGUGUAGGUACUUCAAGUGCUCGGAGCGAGAUAAAUCCGCUUGUUUUGCUUAUCAAGAUUAAUGUACCUACCUAUUCUGAUAAAAAUAUCCGAACCACGUCAAAACGUCUGUCGUAGUGUCACGCGCGCGUCGAUGCUCCAUUCUAAAUUAAAUUAAAUUAAAUUCAAUAUGUUGUCGAAAAUAUUCACUACGGUGAAAUACACAUUGGUGACAGUGAAUUUUUUGUUCUUGAUAACCGGAAUUAUAAUAUUGGCUGUCGGAGGCUCGGUGCAAGCUGCCUAUAAUAAUUACCAUGAGUUUCUAUCGGAGAGGUUUUUCUCUCUUCCCGCCUUUUGUAUAGCGACGGGAAUUAUUAUAUUCCUCAUAUCCUUCUCCGGUUUCUAUGGAGCCUUCAUGGAGAACUACUUAAUGAACAUGGCGUUUGCGGGUGCCAUGAUCUUGAUGUUCGUUUUUCAACUAUCGGCCUGCAUAGCUGGUUAUGCAUUGAAGAGCAACACGGUAGCUUUAGUUCAAAAGCAGCUGUUAUCCACCAUGGAACUGUACGGACCUGCCUCAUUAGAGAUCACCAAGCUCUGGGAUGAAGUUCAAGGAGACUUCGAAUGCUGUGGUGUAGUUAACUCUAGUGACUGGCUUGCGCCCCUCGGGACGCUGGAAUCCAGAGGGCUCCCCGUAAGUUGCUGCAGCCACAUUUACGGCACCAUCCAGCUGUUCAACUGUACGACCGUCGAGGCCUACCCGACUGGUUGUGCCGAAGCGUUCGGUAACUGGGUACAGUCGCACGCGGCGGCAAUAGGCGCGGCUGGCAUAUUCUUAGUUUUAAUGCAGGCUCUCGCCGUGGCUGGGGCGGUGUGGAUGGCGAAGAUAUCUAGGGAAGAACGAGGAGCGUAUCCUUGAGCGAUAUUCUCGUAAACUAUAUUUAGUUGUAAAUUUCAGUAUGUUAAUUAUUUAUGUUUGAGUUUCAUGAAUACAACGCAUGAGGUUUCGUAUUAAUAGUGUUAUUUCGUUAAACGAAGUUGAAAAGUGUCCUUAUCGGUAGCUGCUGUGCUUCUGGUUUAGCUGAUGUCCAUGAGCAACGUUAGCGAAUUAUAACAACAUUACAAUUUACUGGUGGUAGGACCUCUUGUGAGUACGCGCGGAUGGGUACCACCGCCCUGCCUAUUUCUGCCGUGAAGCAGUAAUGCGUUUCGGUUUGAAGGGUGGGGCUGCCGUUGUAACUAUACUUGCGAUCUUAGAACUUAUAUCUCAUAGGUGGGUGGCGCAUUUACGUUGUGGAUGUCUAUGGGCUCCAGUAACCACUUAACACCAGGUGGGCUGUGAGCUCGUCCACUCAUUUUAGCAAUAAAAUAAAUAAAAAAAACAGGUAAUAAAAACAGUAACAAAAGGUAAUAAAAACAUUAUUUUUUUUUACUUUGAAUCAAAUGUUUUUUUUUUACAAAAUCAUACAAAGUUGCAAUGAUUUUUUUGUCGUAAUAAUAAUUUAACCGUACGUGUACUUAAAAACUGUUUCUUUAACUUGUAACCAUGAAAUUAUAUUUUGAUAUGAAUUAUAAUUAUUUGUUCGACUGUUUGAAAAAACGUGUGUAGUUCGUUUUUGUAAUUAAGACAUUAUAUAACGUGUGAACAUCGAGGGCUGGAAGAGUAUUUGGUUUAAGCUACAUUUCUUAUUAGGUACGCGACAUUUAUCAUUAUGCUCUAUUGCAGCUGUCGGGGAACCGGGAUAAAUUACCCCAUUAGGGGUAAAAUGAAAUUUUGGGGGGUUAAAAUGAAACUUUUGUGAGUAAAAAGUAUAUAUGAAGUGAAACUUCUUUAGAAUCGUAAAAUUUUUAGUUAUUGUUUUCUUUUCAAAAUUAUCAUGGCGGCUAUAAUAUGAAAGAUGCUAAAAAGAAGCGAUUUCGUUUUUUUUUUGUUCUUCGCCAUGGGGUAAUAUCAACUUACACAAAAAUAUUUUGGGGUAAUCAUUAAAAAAGUUCCCCGAUCGCUGCUCUAUUGAUAUAGCCGAAGUUUUUAUCUUAUGAUAUUUUUUCCAAAUUUUAAACUUCAGAUGGCUCUCCUGUAAAUUUGCAAAAAUUUCGCUUAAGCCAAAUAGCCUUUUUUACCCUUCGAUAGUAAAUUUAAUGUAUAAAAUCCUAUAAGAUAUACAUAGCUUACAAAAUGGCCAGAGUUGAAUCGAAAUAAUAAAAUUAUUGUAUUGUCAUCGGUCCUUGAUACGUGUGAAUGUUUUAAAAUUUUGAUGUUUGGUGAAAAUUAAACAUGGGAAUUUUUUUAUACAUCGAUGGAUACAGGUCUAGCCAACAAAAAACGUGUUAAACAUUAAUUAUAACAUCUAUAGUUGUGUUCAAAUCAGAUAUUAAAGAAAUUUGGUGAAAGUUGAGUUUGUAAAAUUAGUUUUUUUUUAUUCUUUUUUUUUUAAGAUCGAAAAUCGCAAAAAAGUACAGCUUCUUAAGUGAGAAGGGGAACUUCUUACAUGCGUACGUAGUACAUACGCAAUUUUAUAUUAAUUUAAUCAGGUCGUUUGAUCGAUUUAGUCUUGUCUUUCCACUCCAGGUUCAAUUCUUCAGUUCUUGGUCCCUUUUAGAUAAAUAUGUUUGAUUUGGUCGUUCUGGAUGUUAUUAUCUCGUGUGUGUUUCUGGUGCUCAUAAUACAGAAGGACAUGUUUAUAGAGAAAAGUUAUUUGUUUAGUAAUCACAGCAGAAACACUUCUGAUUUUAGUAUCUUCCAAUUUCCCCACUAUGCAAUGUUUGCGAAGAUGUCCGUCUGACUCCUUCGCGCCUUUAGUCAAAUUAGCCUUCAUCUGUCAGUGUGGGCGGCGGGAUCUCUUAACACCACGAGCCGAGAGCUCGUGUGCAAUAAAUAAGAAGAGUCAUUGACAAUUAAGAUACUACUGAUUAUUCUAAUUAUUGGAAACGCGUUGUAGGAGUAUUCUCGAAUAAUGUAUGACCCCAUAUAACGCGUUAUGUUCAAAUAUAUAUACAAUAUAACCAAUGUUUUCUAAAUUCAAAGAGUAGGGACCAAAUAAAAUAAUAUAAAUUAAUUUCAUAACAACACAAUUGACACAAUGUGCACAGGUAUGCGAAAUCAAUUAUACGAGGGUAUGAAAUCGCGCAAUAUGAAAACGCGUUAUAAGAAUACUGUAUUGUAAAGGGGAUUAUAGUACCUCCAUUAAUUUUAUUUUAUAUCAAUAUUUUAUUCUUAUCGAUUUAUUGUAAAAGAUGAAUACAAAUAGUUAUACUGGUGGUAUAGUUAUAGUUUUUACUGGUUAUUGUUUUUACUGGUAGGACCUCUUGUGAGUCCGCGCGGGUAGGUACCACUACCCUGCCUAUUUCUGAAGUGAAGCAGCAAUGCGUUUCGGUUUGAAGGGUGGGGCACCCGUUGUAACUAUUCUUGAGACCUUAGAACUUAUAUUUCAAGGUGGGUGGCGCAUUUACGUCGUAGAUGUCUAUGGGCUCCAGUAACCACUUAACACCAGGUGGGCUGUGAGAUUAUCCACCAAUAUAAGCAAUAAAAAAAAAGUUAAAAAAAAGUUACCAGUACCGUCAUCGCUAACUUGUCGUACCCCUAUCGGUGAACUUCAUACAAAUAAAGUGCAAAUUUCCUCAUCAGCUUAGAAUAUUGAGUGGCUUGAUGUCAGUUUGGGCUAGGCGUAAUGAUUGUUGUAACUAAUAUGUAUAUUUAAUUUCGUUGAUAAGUUAUUGAGUAUAUAUUUAUGUGAAUAAUACAAUGAAGAAUAUAAUUUGUCUACGUUAAAA